CACUUGGAGACCAACUCCAACCCUGCUGGUUCUCGAAGUGCUUGAAGACUUGAACGGGCAGAGGAUCGCCUUCUCCGCAAUCUCAACGCUGGGGGCUAGUCAGACCCCGGGGUUGCUAGUGUUUGGAUCCGUCCGAAACAGGCCACCGACGCCCCCCACUCAGCACUCCUCGCCAGUCAUGCCGUAUUACAGCCGGAAGCCCGCCCACAUGUCGCUGGAGACGGCGCUGGAGGAGGAGCGCCGGGAGCUGCUGGAGGAGCUGGGCGAAGGCCCGUCGACGGCGUCGAACUACCGGCGCCGAAGCAUGCUGGACAUCUCCCCGAGCCCCGGCCUGAUGCCCCCGCGACAUGGCUCCAUCGCCGGCAUUGGCGUGGGUGUGACGCCCCCGUCGUAUUACUAUUAUUCUUCCUCGCCUCGCCGCUCGUCCACCAAUUCCACCGCUUCCACCACUUCUUCCACCACCACCACCACCACCAAUUCCACUUCAACCACCGCCACCUCCUCCACCACCACCACCACCACUCCCACCGCACAAAAGGCUCCUCCCCUUCCUCGCACUCCCACCACUUCCGCCGUCGCCCCUCCCUUGCCCUCAGUCCAGAGGAAAUCCUCCGUCCAAUCCGACGGUUCGGUCUCCCCCACCCGAAUCCCCGAUCCGGUGUCAGGCGACAACACUGCCACCAUCAACACUCAACCCAACAAGCCAGAACCCCGGUCUGGCCCCAGCAUUCGCUGGGAUUCGUCCACCGACAUGCCCCCCAGCGUCGCCAAUCGCAAUGCCUCGAGACGCUCCGCCCAGACUCAGGAGAAGCCGUCCAAUCGGCUGCCGAGCAUGGCCGCGGUGAUGUCAGGGCUCGACCUGAAAGUCGGGUUCCCGAGUUUUGUCAGAGGGAGGGACUCCAGCCGCAGCAACUCAACUCGCGGCACCUCCCUGGACUCCCACGUCUCGUCCCCUCGUCCGGCACGUUCCAGCUCCCCGCGACGCCGCUGGCUCAGUCCCAACGCCCGCGCUCAAAUUCAGCUUCCCGAUCCCGCCAAACCCGCGGUGACCCCUAAGAAGGAACCCAGCCCCAUGGACACCGCCGCCGCCGUCAGCGAUAAGAACCCCUCACCGGAUCCCACGCCGGACUCCACGCCCGAGCCCCCUCAGGCGUUGCCCGAGGGUGAUGCAAAAUCGUCUGCCCCCGGGGAGCAGCGGCUCGAGAAGGAUCAUUUCGACAGCGAGAACAACCCCAUCGAAACCAGCGACGAGGAUGGAGACGAGUCCAACUCCUCCAGUGACGAUGAUACAAGCCAGGAGGACGACCCCGAGAGUGUCGAGCGUGGCCGAAAGCAGGCUGUCGACGAAGGCCCUCCUGUCGUCCCCCGCCCGCUCACGACCACCAAAACGGCCCCUGUAUUCCGCCCCUCUGAUGAUGCCGCUGCGAAGACCGAGCUAUCACACUCCGCGAAACAAGGCCCGAUGCCGAAGAAGCCCGACGUCCAUCCCCAAACAAGCUUUGAAUCGGCCUCCGUGACCAAUACCCCGUUUGGAUCCGAGGAUGAGGCCGAGCUAUCCGACAUCAAGCGGGCCCAGAAACUCGGCAUCCAGAUGUCCUCCAUCGACAGCACGGUCCAACACCGGUCCAUCCGGACUAUCAUCCGCGGAGACUACACCGACCUGCAGGAAGAGGAGGGCAGCCGGCGCCGGCAGCGCAAGUACCUGGUCGCCACGGACCUGAGCGAGGAGUCCGUGUACGCUCUGGAGUGGACGAUCGGGACCAUCCUGCGCGAUGGCGAUACCAUGUUUGCGGUCUGUGCCAUGCACGACGAAUCCGCGACCACGUCGUCGGUGCAGAUCGGCGAAGGGGCCAAGGCUAUGCGGGACGCGGCGGCCGUGAUCGGCUCGCAGACCGCAGAGACGGCGAGGAAGUCCCAGAACGACUCGAACUCGCAUCUCCCCCGGGCGCUGUUUGGUCGCCUAGGGACGGACAGCAAGCCCAGCUCGGUGGAUGCCCGAGGGAUGUCCAAGGCCGAGUCGGAGCGCGUGCACGCCGCAGAGGUCAUCUCCCAGACGUGCGUCCGCUUGCUGCGAAAGACCCUCCUCCAAGUCCGCGUGGCCGUCGAGGUCAUCCACUGCAAGAGUCCGAAGCACAUGAUCACCGAAGCCGUGAGUACAACCAAUCGCCCGUAUCUACCUCUAACUUAAGUCGGGAACUGACAAAUUCAGAUCGACGGACUCGACCCAACACUGGUUAUCGUGGGCGC